AUGCUGCUCCUCCUGUCCUUGUUGGCCAGUGUCCUGCUCUCUGGAGUUGAAGGAGGGGAGAUCUACUGCGGCACAGAGGCCAAACCACACUCCCGGCCCUAUAUGGCAUUUGUGAGUUUCUGUGAGAAAAAAAAUGGUCGUCAGUACCAAUGUGGGGGUUUCCUGGUACAAGACAACUUCGUGUUGACAGCAGCUCAUUGCAAUGGAAGAAAUAUGACUGUCACGCUGGGAGCUCACAACAUCAGAGAGAGGGAAAACACCCAGCAGGUCAUCCCUGUGCUCAGACCCUUCCCCCACCAGGACUAUGAUGCUGAGAGACUUGUCAAUGACAUCAUGCUGUUGAAGCUGAAAUCCAAGGCUCGUCUCACCAAGGCUGUGCAGACCAUUGCCCUGCCACGUCAUAAGGACUGGGUGAAGCCAGGGCAGGUGUGCAGCGUGGCGGGCUGGGGAAAAAUGGAUGGUGGCAUCAUGCCAGUCACACUUCAGGAGGUAGAUCUGGAAGUGCAAGAUGAGCAGAAGUGCAAGGAUCUCUUCAAAAGGAUGUACAAUAACUCCAUCGAGCUGUGUGUCGGAAAACCUAAGUCCAAGAAGGCCACUGGAGGUGGGGACUCCGGGGGUCCGUUCGUGUGUAAGGGUUUGGUCCAGGGCCUCGUCAGCUAUGCUUACUCGCGUCCUGAGGUGCUUCCCCGGGUCUUCACCAGGAUCUCCCACUUCCUGCCCUGGAUCCGCAGAACAAUGGCUUAG